ACAUAUCAGCUCAGCGAUCUGUUGAGUGUUGAUCUUGCACAUUGCAGGGAAGGUGUAUGAUUGUGGAAGACUGUUGGACUGGAUAGUUCGUUAUAGCAAAUAAAACAGUUAGGACAGUGACAGAAGAUGUAUCGUUGCUUCUUUUAUCGCUAUGGCAAUGCAAUCUGGCAUCAUUUAUGGUAGAUUGAUCGUUAGACAGGCCAAGAAGCUCGUCCUAAGAAGCUUAGUUGGUAACGGACCGUCGUCUCAGUCAUUAAGGCUUGUCACUGCUUACUGUGGCUUUGCAAAGUUGAACAAUAAUCAACCGAGAAAGAAAUUCAUUUACGGCGAAGAUGCAUUUUUCGUAGCCGAAAAUAAAUUCGCUAAUGUUGUUGGUGUUGCUGAUGGGGUUGGUGGUUGGCGAGACUAUGGUAUAGAUGCUUCUAAGUUUUCCACAGCUUUGAUGAGAAAAUGUGAAAGAUUCGUAGUAGAUGGAGGAUUGAUGCAGGCUCCAACUGCCUCAGAAGUUAUAAAAGAGGGUUUUAAAGAAUUGUCUGAAGAUAAACCAGCAAAUUUCGGUAGCAGCACUGCAUGUGUUAUUGUUUUUGAUAAGCAAAGGAAUAUUUUAAAUUCUGCAAACCUUGGGGAUUCAGGGUUUGUAGUUUUUAGAAAAGGUAAGCUCCAUCACAGAACAACAGAGCAACAACACUACUUUAAUACACCAUACCAGCUGGCCUGCCCUCCACCUGAACAAGAAGGGACUGUCAUUCAAGACAGCAUCGAUGAAGCUGAUGUAUCAACAAUAGCAGUUGAAGAAGGUGAUAUUAUUGUCCUGGGAAGUGAUGGUUUGUUUGACAACCUAUCUAUGCAGCAAAUAUCAAGAGAAAUUCUUCAACUUAAGGACACAACAAAAGAGUCUUUACAAUAUCUGGCAAAUUGUUUAGCUGGUAAAGCAAGGAAGCUUGCAUACGAUCCCACAUACCUCUCUCCUUUUGCAAUCAAUGCCAAAAGAGAAGGACUGGACAUUAAGGGCGGAAAGCCAGAUGACAUCACUGUGCUUAUCUCCGUUAUUGCCUGUAGACAAGAUGUAUAGUGUUUUACACUCUUGUGUGAGAGAUUUGUAAAUAUUUUUGAAUAUUAUGACUUGCUCAUCAAUGCUUAUUUUUGCAACAUCACAAAUUUUAUUACUUAUUUAAUUACAAGAAAUGUGAAUUUUUACUAUUUCAUACCAUUGUCAGAUUGCUCUGUUAUUGUAUGCAUUGGUAAAUAACGACCCUGAAUCUUGCAUACCAUUCACUUUGUGAUGUCUAAAAUCUUGUUACUUUCUUAAUUGUUUAUGCGUGCUUGAAUAGAUAAUAAUUUCUUUUUUAACUUCUUCCACCUUAUUUCUCUAACUAAUGAUAUGUAGCAUAGAUCAAUGUUGUUUACAAAUUGACUGAAGUUGUCAAAAUUUCUGUCAAAAGUUUACUUUUAUUAUUUUAAAUUGUCCUAACAAUUUUUAAGCUGUUUUUUUGAAUAUAUAUUGGACUCACACUAUUUUGAACAGGAAGUUAUUAAAAGUUCCCAGUUGAAUCAAUUUUCAUUUUCCUUCAGUUAUUACUAUAACAUGUAUACUUUCCAUAACUGGAAUCAUCAUUUACUUGAAUCACUUCUACGUUAAUCCUUCACAUAGAAUAAGUAGGAUCUCACAACAUUCGUACAUGCAAAAUUAAAAAUUAGAAAAGUCUUAACAAUAAUUCAGUUCAAUCUCAUUUGGGAUUUCCUUAUUUCGACGUCAUUUAUAGAUUGUAAGUUCGAGGAAAAGCGGGUGAAAUAGUAUUACUAUUUUAAAUGCGUAUUAACCCUACAGAAAUGUAUUGACUAGUUCAACGCCCUUUUUUUUACUUUAGUUUGCCUAGCAAAAACAUUUGACGUUUUUUGGUUAAUAUGUUCAGUAUGAGAUUUGUAACAGUUUUGUUUUUGUGGGAAUUCAAUAAUGAAAGUUACACACAAUUUGUCUCUUUCCUUUUUG